UGUGUAUGUCAAAUGACAUUGCUAGAUAGAGACAACAGUAGUCUCUCCUGAUGUAGCCAUCUCACGAAAAGGUUUCAUCUGAAUAAACAUAACGCUGCGCAGUCAGUCUUAUUUUGGCUAUCAAACUAAAAGGUUAUUCUAAACGAACUCUUACUCCGAACACCCAUCGUUAGCGAGAAUCGCUAAAGUGUAAUACUGUACAGUACAGGUUGGCGACGCAAGGAUAAAAAGUUCAUUGUGCUCCACGCCGGUUUUACGGAAAAAGCGUUUUCUUUGGUUUUCUGCGAAUUAUUGGAGUGAGUGGAAGUGCGAACCAUCUUGCAGCGCAGGAGGAUCUGGCAAGUCACACCAUCUUUAAUCGGCUGGCGAUUCUGAAACACGCUUCGGAAGCACCGAGAAGUUUAGCCGCGAAGAAAAUUUGCCAGCAACCAGUGUUCCCUACUCGACCAGAAAAACGUUAACAACAAUUGGGUAAAAGAAAAUAGCGCAGUGAAUGUGAAUUCUAAAUCCGGUCCGACAGCUCAGUGGUUCAGUGGUGCUUGGAGACAGGAAAACGUCGAAUUUUGCCGUGUUUACUGCUUGGCGGCGGUUGCAAUCAGCGAUUUCCCCGGUCAGCACGUAAUCGGGUUUAGCAGGCGGACGGAUCACGGAGCUAACGAAGAAUCCUGCAACACGGUCCUGAAAUUCUGCCAGUGCUGACGCAGGCAAGCGGAAGCCAUCAUCGAUCAUCGUUCUACGGCCGUGGUUGGUGGUGUUACCGUUAGUUGGUGAGAGGUUGAACUGAUUCGGUGAGUCGAUUUUUUUCAUUAUUUUAUAUAUCAUUGUGCUGAUAUUCAGACAUUUGCAGUCACCUUUCGCUUCAUUACUGUUUGGCUCUUAUCAAACAUGGCCGUAAAUGUUAGCACAACGAUCGAACCCUACCGCAAAGGAACGCCCUUUGGGGAAUGGGUAGAGCGUUUAGAAUUUUAUUUUUCGUAUAAUAAUGUAUCAAAUGAGCACAAAAGGGCAUGUUUCAUUACACUCAGUGGCCCGAUCAUUUACCACGAGUUAAAGCUAUUAUUUCCAACAAAUAACUUGAAGGAGGUGUCCUAUGAAGACAUGGUUGCUAAGCUACGGACAAGGAUAGACAAAACCGAGUCUGACCUGAUCCAAAGACUAAAAUUCAAUAACCGCACACAGCAACCGGAUGAAACAGUCGAAGAUUUUGUACUUUCCGUUAAAUUACAAGCCGAAUUUUGCUCCUUUGAGGGGUUUAAAGAUGUCGCUAUAAGAGACCGUAUUUUAGCGGGCGUUCGCGAUAAGUCUCUUCGUGAACGAUUAUUAAAUGAAGAAAAGCUCACCCUUGCGACAGCAGAGAAAAUAAUAGCCACAUGGGAGCUAGCGGGAAAAAAUUCGGAAAGACUAUCCCAUAAAGACGACGGCCAUUUUGGUCAAAUAGCCUCUUUGGCACAUCCUACAGGCAAAAUCGGAUCAAGUAUGGGGAAAUUAUUAGCUACCUAUGGUGCGGCGAGGGCAUACAACGGGGUUAGCUCGCCCAGAAUUCCUGUGAGGGAAAGGCUAGGUCAUAGGCCAUUUGUUAGGAAAUAUGAGGAUAGCAGGAGAUUCAAGGAUUGGAAGGAGACGGAGAAAUUUCGCCCGGGAGAGUGGAGGCAAAAACAGAGCUAUGCUGACAUGACGUGCAACUUUUGUGGUGCCAAGGGCCACAUAAAACGGAAAUGUUUUAAAUUAAAAAAUAUGGAGCGAGAGAAGGUGAAUCUGGUGAAGGCGUACGAACCAGAGGAGGGCUGCUCGGAUGCAAGCAUCGCAGGUCUACUAAACCGGAUGAGGACGGAGGACUCGGACAGCGACGACGGAGACACAGGUGAAUUAUCUUGCAUGAUGAUUUCGUCGGUAAAUAAGAUUAGUGACCCUUGUUUGGUAGAGUUGCUGGUCGAUGGUAAAAAGUUAAAAAUGGAAAUAGACUGUGGAUCUUCUGUGUCCGUAAUGGGGAAAAUCCAGUUUUUACAUACCUUUCAAAGCCCUCUUAACAAAUUUAACAAACCAUUGAUUGUGGUAAAUGGCCAAAAACUGAAAGUGGAGGGUGAAGCGACAGUUUUCGUGAAAUUCAAUGGAAUUGAAGCGCAACUGAAAUUGUUGGUAUUGGAUUGUGAUCACAUAUUUGUUCCCUUACUUGGUAGACCAUGGUUAGAUGUGUUUUUCUCUAACUGGAGACAGUUUUUUUCACAUUCUCUAACGGUAAACAAGUUGAUCGAAAAUAAUAAUAAUGCGAACGACGUUACGGAAAUUAGGCGGAAGUAUGCAAGUGUUUUCAUUAAGGAUUUCUCGUCUCCAAUUAAGGGGUUCGAAGCUGAGUUAGUUUUGAAAUCGGAUGUUCCUAUAUUUAAAAAAGCGUAUGACGUACCUUACAGACUUAGGGAGAAAGUUAUGUGUUAUUUAGACAGAUUAGAAAAAGAGAAAGUGUAA